AUGCUAUCAAGUACAGAGCCAGAGCAGGAGGGAGAAGUAGGGCGCUACCGAGCUCAACGGAUAGGACAGUGCACCACUAACCUGACGACACCGGAGCCAUGGAAGAAGGGCGGGACGGGAAGGAGGCCAAGUCUGAGAGUUCAGAGGACCGGGGCACGGAUCUGCGUCGUGUGGGGGCUCGUCGUCAUGGUCAUGGUCUACUCCGUCGGCCACGUCUCCGGGGCGCACUUCAACCCCGCCGUCACCAUCGCCUUCGCCGCCUGCCGACGCUUCCCGUGGAAGCAGGUGCCGUCCUAUGUGCUGGCUCAGGUGCUGGGGUCCACGCUGGCGAGCCUGACGCUGCGGCUGACGUUCGGCGGCGCGCACGGGCACUUGUCCGGGAUGACGCCGUCCGGUUCGAGCACGCAGGGGGUGGCGCUCGAGUUCAUCAUCUCCUUCUACCUCAUGUUCGUCGUCUCGGGCGUGGCCACGGACGACAGAGCAGUUGGUGACUUGGCUGGUCUCGCAGUUGGUGCCACCGUCGUGCUCAACGUGCUCUUUGCCGGGCCGAUCACGGGGGCGUCGAUGAACCCUGCGAGGAGCCUAGGGCCGGCGAUCGUCGCCUGCCGGUACGGCGGCGUGUGGGUGUACGUCGUCGGCCCGGUGUGCGGGACGGUGGCGGGAGCCUGGACCUACAACCUCAUCUGGCUCCCGUACAAGCCCAUCGCCAGGAGCGGGUCGACUGCGUCGUUCCUCAGACCGCUGUAAGGGAUUAAAAUUAGGAGAUGGAAAUUUUGCUUUAAUUUGACCCCAGUGGCAAUCAUAUUGUGAUGUUACAUGGUGAAAAAUGUACAUCCGCAUGGGUCUUUCUACCGAUAA